CUCGCUUGAGUCAGGUUUUCUGUUUGAUUCCUCUUCCGUUUUUUUUUUUUUUUUUUUUUUUAAUAGUUGCAACCGAAAGCGAGGUCCACGCACAAAAGUAGUCGAGCAGCCAUGUUUCUGAAUCGUCUUGCGAGAGGGUGCCUAUUGCAACCCAACGGCGCCACUGUGUCGUCGUCGUCGUCGUCGGGGGCGGCGCAACGGAUGAUUGCCGCUGCUGUCACGGCUUAUCGAUCGUGCUCAUCGCACGCACAUGGCAGCAGCCCACAUCACCCCAGCCACCACCACGCGCAGCCAGCAGCAGGCCAUCAGCCUGACCAUGCUGUCUCUGCCAGUGCCACGUCAAGCGUCGCUGCUGCUGCUGCUGUCAGUCCUGCUGCUAGCCAGGCCGCUCCUCAACGCGCAUCGCUGCACUCCAGCGCCACCGCUGAUUCUGCCUGGGAAAGCCCCUUGCGCCAGGUCCUGAUCCGCCCGCGUUUCCAAAGCCCGGUCGCACAAUCUGAAACCAAGGCAGAGUCGCUCUUCCAAAAACCAGUUGAUUUGUACACGCGUCUUCUGGACAACAACCGUCAAUGGGCCGGUCAAGUCAGCUCCGUCGAUCCCAACUACUUUCCCAAUCUUGCUCGCGGCCAACAGCCGCCGUACAUGUACAUUGGCUGCUCCGAUUCGCGUGUGCCACCGGAUCAGUUGACGCAGACGAUGCCCGGCGAGCUGUUCAUUCACCGUAACGUUGCCAAUCUCGUGGUCAACACUGACAUGAAUCUCAUGGCCGUUCUCCAAUAUGCAGUCGAGGUACUGAAAGUGCAGCACAUCAUUGUCAUGGGACACACCGAGUGUGGUGGCGUCCGCGCUUCCAUGACCAGCACUCCGCACGGCAUCAUCGACGAGUGGCUGCGAAACAUCAAGGAUGUCUAUCGCCUGCAUCGCCAAGAGCUUGAGGCAAUCUCUGACAUGUCUGCCCGCGUCAACCGCCUUGUUGAACUCAAUGUCGUCGAGCAAGUGUACAACCUGUACAAGACCAGCGUUGUUCAAAAGUCCUGGGCCCAGGGACACCGUGUUCAGGUGCAUGGCUGGGUCUGCAAUAUCUCCACUGGUCUGAUCCGCGAUCUGCAAGUGGAACGCCGGCCGGAAUGGGACGAGGUCGGUGCCAUCUACCAGUAUCGGUUUGAUCAAGAAAGCACGCCAGCCGUUUCGACUGCGACGGCUGAAGAGAAGGCCAACCCCCUCCAGAGCAUGCUUCGUUCAAUGCGCGGCAACUCUGAUUCCGAGUGAAUCUGAGCAGAAGGUUGAAUAAGAAUAAAUAAUCUAGACAAUGGAA